AUGGCAGAUUUAAUAAAUUCUAGUUCAAUAAGAUCCUUUGAUCAAAAACAAACAACCCCACCAUUAUCAACUUCUCAUCAGAAAUCAAUUUUAAAUAAUGAUGGUGUUAAUAGAAAUACAUCGAGUGGAUCAGGAUUUUCUUUACCAAACCCCGGGUCAGCAAGAGCUUCUCCUGUCACUUUUUUAAAUGAAAAUGUACAAUCACCUACACAAAAUACUUCUCCAAUUCCAUCAAAUUCUUCAAUAAGAGGAUAUAAUGUAAAUAGCACUAACAAUAACAAUAAUAAUAAUAAUAAUUAUAAUAAUAAUAAUCAAAAUUCCAAAAAGUAUAAAGAAAUUUUACCAAAUCCAAUGAUUAAGCAAUCCUCCUCAUCAUCAUUAUCACAAACAUCAACAUCAAUAUCACCACCUACAACCAAUUCAUCGACAUCAUCCUCAUCAUCUUCAUCAUUAAUAAGAGCAUUUCCAACAUUACAACAACAAAAACAAAUUGGAGCAAGUCAAUCAUUGGAUUCAAUAACCUCACUUUUAAAUGACUAUAAUGAUCAACAACCAGAUUAUUAUUGUAAACAUUGUUUUAGAACUUAUCCACCAAAAAUGUUUGUUAAUAAGGCGGCAUUUAACAAACAUUUGACUACUUGUAGUAAUAAGAAAAGAAAAGCUGGUGACGAAGGUUUUGUACCAGAAUAUAAUUCAAAUAAUAAUUUAAUUAAUAAUUCAAAUAAUAAUUCAAAUAAUAAUAAUAAUAAUACAACUACCACAACUACAACCACCACAACGUCAUCAUCAUCAUCAUCAUCAUUUAAUGAUUUUAGAAAAUUAAAUGUUUAUAAAAAUGAAGAUUCAUCCGAAUAUGAAUACAAUAACAACAGCAACAUCAAUAAUAAUAAUAAUAAUAAUAAUAAUAAUAAUAAUAACUAUAAUAAUGAAAAUAGUUCAAAAUCAAAAACGACAAGAGAUACAAUGAAUAUUAAUAAUUUAAAUAAUGAUUCAGAUUCAUCACAAUAUAGACAACCAUAUUCAUCAAAUGAUCAUUUAAUUGGUUUUACUCAACCAAAUUCAUCACCACCACCAAGUUCACCAAGAGGAAGCACUGAUUUGGAUCAACUACAAAGUUCAUUAAGAUUUGCAUUACUCGAUGUAAUUGAAGAUAAAAUCGCUGAAGAAACUGAAUUAGAGUAUAUAAGAAGAGAUUUUAAAAACAUUGGUAAUGAAAUUAUUAUUCAAGAUUUUAAAAAGGAAAAAGAGAUUCAACAACUCUAUCAGGUUAUUAAUACCGAAUUAAAAGAAACUGAAGAAAGAGUAAAUUUCGAUAUUGUCGAUAGAUCAAAACAAGAAGAGAAUCAAAUGAAAAAAAUGAAACAAGAACUAUUAAUACAAUUUAAUGAAUUGGAAACUCAAUUGAAAAAAUUAAUUGAAAAACUUCCAAUUUCUUCAGCUUCUUCUUCAACUUCAACAUCUUCACCUUCUUCUUUGUUAGAAUCAAAUUUACUAAUUCAUCAAAAUGAUACCCACAAUAAUAAUCAUCAUCAUCAAGAUGAAAUAACAAAAUCUGAAAUCAAAGUUGCUUCACCUUUAAUAAAACAAGAAUUAAGACAAUCUCCAAAACAACUUGAAAGAAAUUCUCCACAAAAUGAUAAAGAAUUAACAAUUGAUGAAAGUAAUGAUAGUAUUGAUACUACCAAUAUUGGUAGAAAAAGUAAUAAUAAUAAUAUUAAAAAUAAUAAUAAUAAUAAUAAUAUAAAUAAUAGUAAUAAUAAUAAUAAUAAUAGCAAUCAAGUAAUUGUCAAAAAAGAUAAUAAAAAACUCAUUGAUGAAGAUGAAGAUAAUGAUCAACCUACAACAAUUUCAACAUCAAUAAUAAAAAAUGAUGAUGAUAAGAAUGACCAAAUGAAAUUGAAAAUAACAUUCUCAAAGAAAUCAUCUGAUCUUAACUUAACAACAAGUAGUGACUCAUCCAAUCCAACAGUUGUAUCUCCGAUGGCGAACGAUGAUGCUGAGACUGGAAGGAAGGAAAUUAUUAAAAAAAUAGAAGAAAUAAAGAAAAUAAUGAAUGAUAAAAUCAUGAAUUACAGUGUUGCUUUAGCCACCCAAGGUAGAGAAUUCGAUAGAGUAAUUACCAUUCAAUCAAACAACUAUGAAAAACUAUUAUCAAAGAAAUUUCAUGAUAUGAAAAAAGAUUUAAAUGAAAACACUGAUGCCCUAUCAACUUCAUUUGAUAUUCUUGAUAAUAUUUUAAUUAGUCAAACUUUACAACAUCAACAAAUGCAACAACAUUAUAAACAACAACAACAAUUUCAACAACAACAACAGCAACAUCACAACCAACAACAACCAUUUCAACCAAUCAACCUCCCUCCUGUUUACAAUAACUCUUCAAAUUUUAAUUCCAAUAAUUCAAUGAAUCAAUACUCAUAUAAUAAUUAUCAUCACCACCAACAACAACAACAACAACAACAGCAAAACAAUCAACAAAAUCAAAAGAAAACCAAAAUAUUUCAAUAA